AUGGAUAAGUUUAAGACGGUUCUGAAUAUUGCAAACAAACAGACUAACCUUAGCUUCGGGUUGGUAGCCUUGCUAACAGCAGGGGGGGAGCACAUCUUCUCCUCUGUGGUGUUCAAGUGCCCCUGCAAUGACUUAAACUUCGUCUACGGCAUGGUGUUCCUGCUUGUGCCCGCUUUGGCUCUCCUGCUGCUGGGUUACAUCCUGAGUAAGAAGACGUGGAAGGUGAUGACGGGUCUGUGCCAGCGCAGGGCCAACCUGUGCCGCCGGAGGAGGCUGACUGCCGCCCUGACGGCGUUCUUCCAGAUCAGCACCACCGCGUUGGUGGCGCCUUCCAGCUGGAUUGCUGUUGCUCUGCUCAACGGGAAUUACUAUGAGUGUGCGAUGACCGGGACCAACUUGAGCGCUUACAACAAGCUUCUGUGUAGAGAUAAGAACUCUGAGGUCAAGUGUGAGGAGGAGCUGCACAGAUUUCCGUGUAUGAAAGGCAGCAGUGAGCUGCAGGCUGUCAGAGAGGAUGUUCUGCUCACUUUGAAAGCGCAGUCUCAGAUUAUGGGCUGGCUGCUCAUCGCUUCUGUCAUGUUGUCCAACCUGCUGCUGACCUGUGUGGCUCGCUGUACCUCCCCCAUCAGCUACCUGCAGCUCAAGUUCUGGAAAGCAUAUGCUCAGGAGGAGAGCAACCUGUUUGAUUCAUAUAGCACUAAACAUGCCAAAGAGCUCGCUGAGAGGAACCUGAAGAGCUUCUUUAACCAGACACCACCUGAAAACAUCAUCACCCCUUCCAACAAAGCCUGGGAGAAGAUCUCCUCUCUCUACAAGUUCAGCACCAAAGAUCACUACUAUAGCACCCUACACCGGUACGUGGAGGAUUGUUUAGAGACUGAUGACGAGACAUUGAGGAUGAUGAGGAUGGCUUCUGUCAAGUCAAGCGAGCCUGCUGAUGACACCCCUGCUGUUCUUGAUUUCGUAGAUGAUGGCAGGAUUGCUCUGUGAUGAUUUUUUUUUUUUUUUUUGUAUGAACAUUUUUAUUGAUUUUUUUUUCACAAAUAAUACAAAUAAAAACAAACAAAUUAAACAACAAAACAAAACAAACAAAAACACAGACCACCACACUGACACCUUUCAACAGUCAAGCACUACAAAUCACUGACAGCAUCACACCAACAAAUCAACCAUCAAUUCACAGACAUCCAGUCGGUAAAAGGGCUCCAUGUAAGUAUAUAUUGAUCCAAUUUAUCCAGUAGGGAGUAUGUCACCCUCUUGUAAGCAGCUAGUUGUGCCAUGAUUGUAGUCCGUUCUUCAAAGGGGGGUGUAUCCGUUUAGCUGUUGUGAGAGCCAAAAUAAUCCACCUUUUCUCGAAACACGAAAAGUCAUUGUCCUGAAGCUCAGUGGUCGAUCCCAAGAUAGACAGUUUUGCAGAGAUUUGGAACUUUUUGUGCAGGACUUCAAAUAUAAUCUGAUGGAUGUUAUUCCACCAGUCCUUAAGUGCUGGACAUGUCCAGAGUAUAUAGAGGCACCACUUCCGUCACAUCUCCAGCAAGAGUCUACUGGUAUUAAUUUCCAUUUAUAAAGUUGCUGUGGUGUCUGAUGCCAUCUAUGUAUUAUUUUCAGUUGAAUAAACCUAUUACCCAUUUCUUUGUACAUUGUAUUAAUGUUAUUUAAACAUGACUUCCAAUCUUCAGGAGAUAUGUCUACCCCCAUGUCCCCUGCCCAGUGUUUCUUAACCUUGAGCAAAGGGUCACAUAGUUGUUCCUGUAAUAAACCAUUGAUCUUAAGAGUAAUGCCCCUACCUGAACUUGAUCUAAUCAGCAGUUCUUCAAAUGGGCUGCCCGUAGGACAGGUAAGCGGGCCUCCUAACCAUUUAGACAGGGCACUAUACAUUUGGACAUACUUCCAAUAUUGAUUAUGUGGUAAUUUGUAUAUAUCAUAUUGCGGUAAACCUAAACUAGAUUAUAAUUCAUUUGAAAGGCUCGUUCUUAGUCUUUUACAUCCGACCUGGAAAACCUCGCAGCCACUUUUAUUUGUUAUAGUGUACCGUGCUCCUGGCCUGUAUUCUGAAUUUGUAUCUGAAUUCUCAGAGUUUUUAUCCAGUUUAGUUCUUAAAUCAGAUAAAGUUAUUAUUGUAGGCGAUUUUAACAUUCAUGUCGACGUUGAUAAUGACUCCCUGGCUACCGCGUUUAUCUCAUUAUUAGACUCCAUUGGCUUCAGUCAGGGUGUACAUGAAACCACUCACUGUUUUAACCAUACCCUCAAUCUAGUUCUGACGUAUGGAAUUGAAAUUGAUAAUCUAAAAGUCUUUCCACAGAAUCCCUCGCUAUCGGAUCAUUAUCUGAUUACUUUUGAUUUCUUUUUACUCGAUUACACGCCACUCAGCAACAGUUACUAUACUAGAUGUUUAUCAGAUAGUGCUGUCGCAAAAUUUAAGGAAAAGAUUACUCUGUCAUUAAAUUCAAUACCAAGUCCCUCAGUAACAGAGGUUUCCUGUACCGACUUUGAUCAUUUUGUCGAUAGCGCUGUAGGCUCGCUGCGAACAACACUUGACUCUGUAGCUCCUCUUGAAAAGAAGUUAAAAAAGCAAAGAAAGUUCGCUCCUUGAUAUAACUCUCAAACCCGUAAGUUAAAACAAAUAUCGCGAAAAUUUGAAAGGAAUUGGCGAUUAACCAAACUGGAAGAAUCUCGUUUAAUCUGGACAGACAGUCUCAAAACUUAUAAG